AACAAAUAAAAUAAUGUUGAUUUUUAUUAUAAUACAUAUACUAUUUCAUAAUUGUAAGAGGGCGCUUAUAUUCUUGGACAAUAUCAGAAGUAUGUAGAAGUUCUAUUAAUAUUAAAAAGUUUAAGGUUCUUUUCGACUAAAGCACCAUGGGUAUUUCUCGCGAUCAUUGGCAUAAGAGGCGAGCAACUGGUGGUAAAAGAAAACCAAUCCGUAAAAAGAGAAAAUUUGAAUUAGGUCGUCCAGCUGCAAAUACGAAACUUGGACCUCAACGUAUUCAUACGGUACGUACCAGAGGUGGUAACAAAAAAUAUAGAGCACUUCGUUUAGAUACAGGAAAUUUUUCAUGGGGAUCUGAGUGUACUACAAGAAAAACACGUAUUAUAGAUGUAGUUUAUAAUGCAUCAAAUAAUGAAUUGGUGAGAACAAAAACUCUUGUAAAGAAUGCAAUUGUCACUAUUGAUGCAACACCUUUCAGACAAUGGUAUGAAGGUCAUUAUGUUUUACCAUUGGGUCGUAAACGAGGUGCGAAACUGACUGAAGCUGAAGAAGAAGUUUUAAAUAAAAAACGUUCGAAAAAAGCAGAAGCUAAAUAUAAAGCAAGGCAACGAUUUGCUAAAGUUGAACCUGCUCUUGAGGAACAAUUUGCUACAGGACGUGUUCUUGCUUGUAUAUCGAGUAGACCUGGACAGUGCGGUCGUGCGGAUGGUUAUAUACUUGAAGGAAAAGAACUUGAAUUUUAUAUGAGAAAAAUUAAAAGCAAAAAAGCCAAAUAAAUAUGUAAUUACAAGAAGAAAAUAAAAUAAUCUGUACGAAAAAA